AUGGAUCAAGUAUCGAAUAGUACCACAUCGAAUCAAACUACCAUAAAAACAGAGAAUGAGAUUAUUAAAUUUUCGAAGAAUUCAAUACCGGGUCAUCGAGAUAAGUUUAAUAAUUUCGAAGUAACCGACAGACUAUUAAAAUUCUUAGAUAAAACUGGGUUUAAUCUAAUACAAUCAAACGGUCAACGACGAUAUGGACCACCACCAAAUUGGGUAGGCCCACCACCAGCUCGUGGUUGUGAAAUUUUUAUUGGUAAGUUACCACGUGAUUGUUUUGAGGAUGAACUUGUUCCCGCUUUUGAAAAAGUAGGACCUGUGUAUGAAAUGCGAUUAAUGAUGGAUUUCAAUGGAAUGAAUCGUGGCUAUGGAUUUGUUAAAUAUUGUAAACUAGAUCAUGCAAAUCGUGCCGUUAUGCUAAUGGAUGAAUAUGAAAUACGACCAGGAAGAAAGAUUGGUGUUUCAAAAUCGGUAGAUAAUUGUCGAUUAUUUAUUGGUAAUAUUAAUUUAUAUAAAACUGCUGAGGAUGUACAAGAAGAGCUAAGUGAAUAUGUUGAGGGUAUUGUACGUGUAAUUAUGUAUCCAUCACAGACUGAUAAAUCUAAAAAUCGUGGAUUUGUAUUUGUUGAAUUCGAAACACAUCGUUUAGCUGCAAUGGCACGUCGUUUAUUAAAAGCAGGUGGCGCUACUUUAUGGGAUCAACGAAUUAUUGUUGAUUGGGCUGAGCCUGAACCGGAAGUUGAUCCAAGAAUCAUGAAUAAGAUACAAAAAUUGUAUGUCCGAAAUCUGCAUCCAAAUGUCACUGAAGAAGCAUUACGCAAACUAAUUGAAACAUUAACAUGCCCAUCGAAUGUUUUGAAAGUAAAAAAAUUAAAAGAUUAUGCAUUUAUUCAUUUCAAAACUCGAACUUCGGCUGAAACUGUACUCAAUAAGCUACAAGAAUAUACGUUAUAUGGACAUAAAAUUGAAGUUACAUGGGCCCGACCACCAAUGUAUUCGAAGACAAGGGUUUCGUUACCACAAAAAAUGGCUUUGUGUUUAUCAUUACCUCCGAGACUACGUAACGCAAGUCGCUGUGAGCAAAUGGAUGUACCAGCGAUAACACCGAUGUUACCAGCCGUACCAUCUUACUAUUGUCACAGACCGCCACAGGGUACACCACAAUAUGUGUGUUCAUUUUCAUCAAAUACCGGUGGAUCACCCUAUUCUAUCUCACCAACAAAUUCUUCAAACCCCCCUCCCAUAUAUGAUAAUCAAUCAUCACAAACACGAUAUUUAACGGAACAAAUGCAAAGUUUAUAUCUUUCUACAACCCCACCUACCAUUGAACAGCCAAUGAUGCCAAUGGCAUAUGGUACACCAAUACAUAUGCCUCCUCCACAAGUUCCAAUGUACUAUCAAUAUUACGACCGAGCACCCGCCAUAAUGUAAAAAAAAUUUCCGAAUAAGAUGAUUUUUAAUUUACUAAUCAAAUCAGGUAAUUCUAAAUCUAUGGAUAAAUUAUUUAAUUUUGAAUGUAAAUCUUAUCAAAUAUUAAGUGA